CCUCUCUCCUUCCUCUUGGCCAACUUCUCUUUCACCAAUAUAAGUCCAGCUGGGAUCCGGUGGGCAGUCAUGCGUUUCAUGCCAGGCGCUGCAGGAAGCUGGAGUCUGGGGGCCCGGGGCCUCCGCAGUGCUCCCCAAGCCCUGUACCUGGGCCUCUUAACAGAGCUGGUCAUGAUGAGCUUGGUGUUUGGUAAGAUUGCUUCUGUCAACCAGAACCCCUCUUAUCCGACGCAGUUUCCCAAGUACCUGCGCUGCUACCGCUGCCUGUUGGAGACGGAGGAGCUGGGCUGCCUCCUGGGGUCUGACAUCUGCCUCGUCCCGCUCCUCGGCAGCAGCUGCAUCACCCUACACAUAAAGAACAGCAGUGGGUCUGACAUCAUGGUGAGUGACUGCCGCAGCAAGGAGCAGAUGAGCGAUUGCUCUUAUACCCACACUUCGCCAGUGUCCGGCUUCUGGAUGUUCUCCCAGUGCUGCUUCCUGAAUUUCUGCAAUGACCCCCAGAAGAGAUCUGUCUAUCUUUCUUAGAAUGACCGCAGCGUAUCUGAGAGGAAAAUUCCACCACAUUCCUGAUUUCUACCCGGACUCCAGUCCCUCGAACCAGCCCACCUGCCUCCAAGUCACUGGACCCCAGCCUUGACUCUUCUUGGCUGUCCCCUCUCCUUGAACUUCCUAGUUCACCUCAAGUCCCCAGGUGUUCCUCCAAAAUAAAUCGUUGU